AUGGUUGAUGAUCGACUUGAGACCCAUAAGCCAGAUAUCAUUGAUCCAGAAGUGGAGGCGGUGCCCGAGCAGGGUCUUAUAAAUAUACUAAUCAGAAAUUCCAGAACGCUCUGUGAAUGUUGUCGACCGGCAACGCGCUUAUCUACUCGCAGUCCCACCGCCAUCCGCGCUUCACAAUCCACCAGGGAUAUGGAUGAAGCUAAUGGA